UGCAAAUUUAACCCAAUCUUCAAUAACUUCAUAUACCUCUGAUUCUAGCGUCAAGCUCACCUCAGAUGAAUUUAGUGAUAAUGAAUUUAGUGAUAAUGAAUUCGAUGAUAGUGAAGAAGAAUUCGAUGUAGAUUACUUAUGCCCAGAAUGCUCGCGACCUAGAACAAACGAUCGAUGGUGUAAUUUCUGCGAAUCUCAAAAGUUUUCAAAUAAUUUUAAUAAUUGGACAAGCGGAAAUUCAUAUUUAGACAAAAUCAUAAGAGAUACUCAACUUAAUGCCACAAGUAAAUAUGAUUAUUUGGUUUGGAUUGAUUAUAGUGAGUUUGAAGAUAUAGAAUAUUUGGCAAAAGGUGGAUAUGGUGAAGUUUAUUAUGGAAUUUGGAUUUAUGGACCAAAUAAAGUUCUAAUUUAUGAAGAAGAAAAAUGCAAAUGGAGAAAAGAAACUAAAACACCAGUAGCUUUGAAAUGUUUACAUAACUCUGAAAAUCUUACCGCAAAUUUUUUGGAUGAAAUGUAUUAUCAAUGUCGCAAUGGUCGUGUACUUCAUUGUUAUGGAAUAACCCAGCACAAAGAAUCAAACAAUUACAUGAUGGUAAUGGAAUACGCCAACGGUGGAGAUCUACGUCACUAUUUUACAUACAAUUACCGUCUAUUAAGUUGGGGUCAAAAACUAAGAAUUUUAAGGGAUAUAGCAUUAGGUUUAGAAGUAAUUCAUUCUGUAAACUUAAUACAUCGAGACCUUCACAGUGGAAAUUUAUUACUGCACACUCUUAAAGACGGCACAAUGCGAACUUUUGUGACUGAUUUAGGAUUAUGUAGACCAAUAGACAAACCUUCAAAAAAUGAUGAGUAUGCAAUUAAUUUACCGCAAAAUAGAGGUAAUACUAGAGGAUGUAGGAUUAUUAAGUCGCAUCCUAAAGCUGUUUAUAUAAGUAGAUUGUUACCACAUCCACCGAACGAAAAAGGUAAUUCUCUUGCAUGUUUAUACGGAAAAUAA